AUGUACCAAGUUCGAGGAGGAAAAUUGAAUUUAAAAGGCGUCGAUGGUAAUGAUUCGCAUUCGAAAAAACGAAAAAAGCAUUCGUCGUCGUCUUCAUCUUCGAAAAAACACAAACAAGUCGUCGACAACGAGGAAGAUGAUGGUGAACAAGAUUACGUUCAACAUGGCGGCUGGUGGAAAGUAAAGAAAUUCCAUGAAAUUAACGGCAAUGUGGCGAUUGAAUUCGGCACAAAUAGCUACGCCCAUUCAUUAGACAAUGGAUUGUUUUGUGUUGGCCCUACUCGACCGUUCGGCGAAGGUCCUGAUCAACAGCAGAUUCUCACAGUUAUACGUAUAUCCGAGAACAAAGUGGCAUUCAAGUCUGGAUUUGGUAAAUAUUUAGCGAUUAAUAAAAAUGGAUUAGUCAUCGGUCGAUCAGAGGCUAUUGGAAUGCGCGAACAUUUUGAACCUGUUUUCGAAAAUGGCAAUUUGGCAUUAUCCGCAUGUAAUGAUAAAUUCAUUCGUUUCAAUGAAGAAGGCGAUCUUGUCGCGAUGGAUGAUCGAGCAACGGAGGCGAAUUUUAUCAAUAUACGCUCUAAUGCGAAGCAAAUCCGAGAGAAAGAACAACGACAAAAAGAAUUGCCUGUGGAAGAACAAGGUUCACUUCGUGACACGGAAUUGAAUUAUGUGAAGAAAUUUCAGAAAUUUCAAGAUAAAAAGUUACGGAUCAAUCAAGGUGACAUCAAAGAGUUGGCUGAUGCGAAAAAAGCAGGCGCACUACAUGAAGCUCUUCUCGAUCGUCGUGAAAAGAUGAAAGCUGAUCGUUAUUGUAAAUAA